AUGAUUUACAUUAGAGUCUCCCUAAUAUGGCCUUUCAUCACAGAGUGCGAGCUGUUUCAUGAACACCUUACGGAGGCCCUGGAAGAGAUCUGGACAGACCGCAACGACUGGCACACUGUUGAUUGGUCUCAACACGUAGUCCGCUUCGUCGGGCGAAUGUCAGCAUCUGUCUUUGUCGGACCUGAGUUGGCUCGUGAUCCUAAGUGGCAAGAGUUGAUUCUCACUUCGACAAUUAAUACAUUUAUGGGGGUUCGAGCUCUCCGCGCUUGGCCGGCCUUUCUUCGACCAUUGGUUCAUUGGUUCUUGCCAGAACUCAGAAAGUGCCGUCAGCAAAUUCGUCUUGCUCGUGUUAUGCUGCAGCCAAUCUUUGACCGCAGGGUGUAUGGGCAAUCUGAAUCUAGUGAGGGUGACAAGAGCGAAAAGUUCGAGGAUACCAUACAGUGGCUUGAAGAAAUCGCUGCUGGACGCCCAUAUGAUGCCGCUGCAUCGCAAAUCGCAUUCUCGAUAAGCGCAAUGCACACAACUUCUGAGCUUCUUAAGCAGGCGAUGCUGGAUAUUUGUAUGCACCCAGAGCUGAUUCCAGCUCUACGAGAUGAAGCACAGAAAGCUGUUGAGGAGAGUGGAUGGACAACUGCAGGCGUCUUCAAGAUGCAGCUAUUGGACAGCGCAGUAAAGGAAACACUACGGCUCAAACCGGGAUCGUUAGUCAAUCUUGAGCGAAAAGCCCUGCAAGAUAUUAUCCUUCCCAAUGGCUUGACUAUCCCUCGCGGAACAAAUGUUGCUGUUGAUUCAUCUAUGAUGUGGGAUCCAGCCAUUUACCCCGAUCCAGCAUCUUAUAAUGCCUACCGUUUUCUUCGUCUUCGCAAAUCUGGUAAUAGUGCGGCAGCGCUCGCAUCUACGAGCCCGGCGCAUAUUGCUUUUGGAAUUGGCAAACCAAUCUGUCCUGGAAGAUUCUUUGCUAGCAAUGAAGUCAAGAUUGCUGUAGCUAAGAUUCUUUUGACUUACGACAUCAGGAUUCCUGAAGGGAUGACACCCAAGAUUAUAGAGUUGGGAUUUGAAAUACUAAGUGAUCCAGCUGCAAAGCUGGAAAUCAGAAAGCGAAAGGCUUGA